GUACUGGUAUGUAAUGGGGAGUGGGGUACCUAUGCGGCCGCAGCUGACGACCUCUCAUAGGGACGACUGAAGGUGCUGGCGGCGGCGCUAGGAGGCUGUGGGUUGCUGCUGGGCUCGGCGCUGGCUGCGGGUGACGAGCGGCUCUACACGGCGAUGAUGCCCGCCCUCCGCGUCCUGCCCCCAGAGACCGCCCACGGCCUGGCCCUACGUGCUGCUGCUCUAGGGCUGCUGCCGACCGCGCGUCCCGACGGCCCCGCUCUGGAGGUGCAAGUCUUCGGGCAGCGGUUCUGCAACCCAGUGGGCCUGGCAGCUGGCUUCGACAAGCAAGGAGAGGCUGUAGACGGGCUGUACAAGAUGGGCUUCGGUUUUGUGGAAGUGGGGACUGUCACACCCAAGCCCCAGGAGGGGAACCCGAGGCCCAGAGUCUUCCGGCUAGUGGAGGAUGAGGCAGUCAUUAACAGGUACGGAUUCAACAGCCACGGCCAUGCCGCAGUGGAGCGCAGGCUGCGGGCUCGCCAGGAGACACAGUCCAGACUCACUGGUGCGGGGAUGCCCCUUGGAGUCAACCUGGGCAAGAACAAGACCUCCACUGAUGCUGCAGCAGACUAUGUGGCUGGUGUCCGGAUGCUAGGCCCUCUGGCUGACUAUCUGGUUGUAAAUGUGUCCAGCCCAAACACCCCAGGGCUGCGGAACUUGCAGGGCAAGGUUGAGCUGCAGAAACUGCUGACCAAGGUGCUGGCAGAGAGGGAUGCGCUGCCCUGCGAGCACAAGCCAGCUGUGCUGGUGAAGAUUGCCCCUGACCUGAGUGUGCUGGACAAGCAGGACAUUGCUAGUGUUGUCUGUGAGCUAGGUGUGGAUGGAUUGAUCAUCAGCAACACCACCGUGAGCCGCCCCAGCAGCCUCCAGAGCAGGCAGCGCACGGAGGCUGGAGGCCUUAGUGGAAAGCCCCUGCGGGAGCUCUCUACCCAGACCAUCAGGGAGAUGUAUGCCCUCACCCAAGGCCGGGUGCCCAUCAUUGGGGUGGGUGGAGUGAGCAGCGGGCGUGAUGCCCUGGAGAAGAUUCGUGCUGGAGCCUCCCUUGUGCAGAUGUACACAGCACUUGUGUACCACGGGCCGCUGGUGGUGGGGACAGUGAAGCGGGAACUGGAGGAGCUGUUGAGGGAGCAGGGGUUCAAGAACGUCAUGGAGGCAGUUGGAGCAGAUCACAGGUGCUGA